CACGCCUCUUCAAGAUCUCAACUGAAACAUGCCGACCGCGGCGACGCCGGCCUAUGGGCGGGUCCUCUCUGAAGCCGACCGACUAAAAGUCGACGCACUAGAGAAACGAAUGAAGAAGCUGGACGACACGGUGCACAUCUGGGUACGGGACGGAGGCAACGCUCGGGAAGGCGCCACUCCUCGGGAGUUUUUUUCCAUGAAGUUGCGUCCAGCAUUGCCCGUGUCUGAAAUCCGGGACCAAAUCCAAGAGCGAUACGAACGAGAUGGGUACUACACCAGCGGCGUGGACCCGCCUUUGCGCCUCCUCUUUGGAGGCAAGCUGCUUGUCGAUGGCCACAAGUUCGUCGACUACCUUCCGCUGCCCCCGCCGCAGUCGCAUCCUCGUCUCAAAUGGGUCAAGCCCUACGCAGGCAUCAUGUGGGUCAUUCCGAUUCAAAUCGAACCGAGAUUUGCCACUGCUUGGGGCGACUACAUCACGCCACACCCUUUGACCGAGACACAGCGCACAUGAUCUACACAGCCUUAACAUCCCCAUCCUUACUUUACUACUAGUCCUAAACAUAUAUUCACAAGUCCCACAAUACAACUUGCACUUCCAUCUAUUUACAACGCCCUCAAUGUAGCGACGACACGUCUACAUAGUACGGUCAUCGUCAGAGCAUCGUCGACGUCAACGUCUCCCGUCCGUGGGCUUCUUUGUAUCGCAUGAUAAAGCCCUUGGCUUCUGGCCACCGCUUCAAAAAGUGCUGUGAGUACCACUGCCGCACCGAGAUUUGCGACACACCCAUGUCCCGCACCGCGUACUGCUGGACAUCUUUUGCCGUCCACCGGAUGUUGUUGUCGUGGCACUGCGCCUUGAGCUUCGCCACGAGCGCCUCCUCUUGCUCCAUCCGCACCGCGGUGAUACCCGGGGACGCGUAGAGGCUGACGCGGCGGUUGACGUUCGCGUUCGUCCGCGUGUUCCAAAUGAGCUUUGGGACGCCAUACUUUUUGCGAUAGCUCAACUUGUCGACGGGCUCGCCGUCAGCCCGCCACUCGGCCAGAGCUUUCGUCAGGUUGUCGUGCUCGUCGGUGCCUUGGCGGCUAUAAUUUAAGUUGCGCUUGACCGGUUCUCGCCCGAGUAGCGUCCGGAUCAGUGUGAUCUUGGCCUUGGUGCGCUUGGACGGCGGUUUCAAGAAGUCCUUGACGUCGCCACCGUCGGGGUUCCAUGUCACUCCCGACGGAUGAAAGUCCUCGACGUAAGCCAUGAGUUCGGUCACAAGCGCCUUGAACGACGCCGCAAACCGGACUUGGUCGGCGUUGGACGCCUUGUACUGCGCGCGGAUCUUGGUGCCCCACACGUCGCCCAUGUACCGCGCCAUGAACGCAUGCGGCGCCGCGCCGUCCACGUGGAGCCACUCGAGCGUCUGCAGCCCUUCGUAAAGCAUGUGCUGGUGGUUGGCAAAGUCGCUGCGGAGGUCGCACAGGUCGUGCAUUUCCCGGAUCGCGUCCUGGAUGGGCGCCAAGAGCCCUUUUACGGGCCCCGUGGUCGGUUUCUGAGAUAAACUAGCGGCGAGGAGGUAGUUGCGCUGCGCGUCGAACGCGCGCCGGACGAUGGCGCCGUACUUGGCCACGUCCGGCCCGAGUUUAUCGCAGGAUUCGAGGAACGGUUGCAAGAAGGCCGUGGAAAACACAUCAUACGCCACGAAUCCGUGCGCAAUGGGGGCAGAGGACGAGGUCGCGGCGGCAGAGGCUUGGGGCGGCGGGAGGGACGUCAAUGGCGGCGGGGCAUGCGAUGACGACGAGUGGUUCGAAGGCAAGCCGAAUUGCGCUUCCAGCUGCGCCACGCGGGCGUUCAACCGGUGAACUGCGUCGUCGAGAAGGGGUUGGAUUUGUUGAGAGGACGAGUCAGGAGACAAGGAAUUGUCGUGGGGCUGGAGAGAUGGAGGUGGUUGUGGCGGGUACGACAACUCGACGCUGGGGGUCUGUGGAGGAGGCUGCUGCUGUGGUGGUGGGUUGAGAUGCGGGGCUGGCUGUUGCUGAAGCAGCUGAAGUUGUGGUUGUGGCUGCGGUUGAGGUGUCAACGAAGGCUGCUGCUGCUGCUGAUGGACGACCAUUUGAUGGUGCUGCUGCAGCAUGUGCUGUUGGUGGGGAUGUUGUUGGAGCAUCGACCGAUGCUGACUGACAGCCUGUUGGAAUUGGCGCUGAACUUCGUGCGACGCUUGUUGAUACUGCUGAUGUUGUUGCUGUGGGUCGAGCGUGGGAAGCGACGAUGGCUGCUGCUGCGGUGGGUACGAGGGAUGUGGAUCGUGACGAGAGUGAGGUUGCUGGUAAUGGAUCUGGUCGUGAGGGUUGUGCUGGUACUGCUGUGGGGGCGGGAACUGCCCUGGAACAUAGCCCUGCGGGGUCUGGUACUGCAUGACGAAUGCAGAUAGACGAGCUUGGG